CUUUACACAAACGCCAACUGCCGCGGAACUUACAAAAACGCACUGAACGGCAUAGAUUCGCUGAAACAUAAAGCGUAGGGCCGAAAUCGAACUGUGAAAAAUCAAAAAUUCGUUAAGCUCCUAGCAAAAACUUUACUUACAAAAUGGUUCUCUCUUUUGUGAUAUUAUCCACGCUGUGCUUGCUGCUGGUCACCUUACUGUGGAACAAAUUUCAAUAUUGGAAGAAACUUGGGGUGCCGCAGCCAACAACUAACUACCUUGGAAACUUUCGUCUAAUAAAGUCCAUGCAUAAAACGGAACUAUUACGCGAAUAUUACGAAAAGUUUCGUGGUAAAGCCAAAUUAAUCGGCACGUACGUUUUCACCAAACCUAUAAUCAUUGUGUUGGAUUUAGAUUUGGCAAAAACGAUACUAAUCAAGGAUUUUAACAAAUUUACGGAUCGCUUUCAACGGCGUGAGCCCGAUAAGCGCAGGUUCGACAUUCUCAAUGAGACACUAUUUCGUGUGGCCGGUGACAGGUGGGGUCCAUUGCGCAAGAAACUUUCAUCGACCUUCACAUCGUUGAAGAUGAAGUUCAUGUUUCCGACGGUGUUGAACGUGGCGCAACAAAUGGACGAAGCUCUCAAAGCGCACUUCGCAAAUACGCUGAGCGGUGGCAUAGAUACACACGAUUGGAUGGGCCGCUUUACAACCGAUGUGAUUGCUAAUUGUGUCUUCGGUGUUAAGUGCAAUAGCUUAAUGGAUCCAAAUAAUAUAUUUCGUCACAUAGGACAUCGCAUUUUUUAUCCAAAAUAUGUAUCCCUAAAGCUGCGUACAUUAAUGAUUUCAUAUCCUGUUAUCUUCAAAUAUCUGCAAUUUUUCCAUUUCAAUGAAUAUGUAGAUGGUCUAGAAGAGUUCGUACUGCAGCUGGUUCGUGAAACAUUGCAUACACGCGAAGAACAAAAAGUGCAGCGUAAUGACUUCAUUGAUUUGUUAAUUGAGAUGAAAAACUCACAAGAUAAGGCCGGUAUGCCUCCAAUGGGUAUUGAAGAGAUGGCUUCACAGGUAUUUGUCUUUUUUGCUGCCGGCUUUGAGACCAGCUCUAGUAACUUGACCUAUGGGCUAUUUGAAUUAGCGAAGACUCCCCACGUACAGGAGAAAUUGAGAGCGGAAAUUAAAAGUGUUCUUGAAAAACAUAAUGGCGAGUUGUCUUAUGAGUCUAUGUUUGAGAUGACUUAUUUGGAUCAGGUUAUAAUGGAAACGUUACGAAAAACUCCAGCGUUCGCUGCUAUCACUCGUGUUUCAAUUGAGGACUUUAAAGUGCCCGAUUCUAACAUUACACUCGAGAAAGGUACACAUAUCUACAUACCGGCUGUAGCGAUACAUUAUGAUCCGGAUAUCUAUGAUAAUCCCGAAGAAUUCCGCCCAGAACGCUUCCACCCGGAUGAAGUUCAAAAGCGUCACCCACAAGCUUUCCUCGGUUUCGGUGAUGGACCACGUAAUUGUAUUGGUCUCCGCUUUGCUUUCAUGCAAGUGCGCAUCGGGUUAAUAACUUUGCUCAAAUCAUAUCGCUUCGGCGUAUCGGAGAAGACACCAGCACAAAUGGAGAUAUCUAAAACUUGUUCAGUACGUGUACCAGGUAGAAAGAUUUGGCUGAAGGUGGAAAAAUUAUGAAGUUUCAGCAAGUUUUUCGUUUAUGAAAAUAGCGAAAAGACUGUCAGAAAGUGGUUUGUUAAAGAAAAUUAUGUUGUUACAAUUUAAAAGCUUAUCUAAAAGUUUGUAAUAAAUAAAAUCUUUUGUAAACUCA